GAGGAGCCCCGGAGCCUCCAUUGGCAGCUGCUGCAGCACCGACAGCUUUACGGUAGCUGAUGAACGUGUAGGAAGCUCCUUUCAUCCCCGGUGCGCUCCGCGACCCGCCGGUUUCAUCAUGCUUCUGAGGAGACUGUAGCUUCCAGUCUGCGUAAAAACCCAGAAACCUGCAGAGCCAGAGAUGCGUCCGGAGCACCGCGGAGACACAGACUGGACCGAGCGGCAGGAGAGGAGCAUGUAACCGGGAGAAACGCACCGGCGGCGGCGGAGGCUCCACCUGACUCUCCCUCCCUGUUUCCUGCAGGAUCUUCCUCUGAUCUGCUUCUUCUGGAUGCGGUGACCGGAUUCUAGCGGCGUGUGGGAUUUUUAUCUUCAGCUAAAAUGAGCGAGGAGGCGUCGGAGGUUCCCAAAGAGCUCCUGGAGAGCGUGAGGGAUGCGGUGGGCAGGAAGGUGAAGCUGUCACUGAGGAAGAGAGUCAAGCUGGAGAUCAAAGGAGACAAGAUGGAGAACAGAGUCCUGGCUCUGGCGUCUCACCGAGGAUACCUCCUGACAGCACGAAUCCCCGCCAAGGUGGAACACUCCUUUAAUUAUUUGGAGAUCCAGGGAAUUGCCUGCAACAAGCCAACACAGCUCUCUAUAGAGUACGAUCGUGGCUCCUUCUCUCUGAAGCUGCUUUCUACAGAGGAGGUCAAUGAGGUGGUGGCUCACAUAGGAAACUGUCUGUUGAAGAUUUGUCCUGGUCUACCUCCAAGCAAAGUGAUGAAGAAGGUUUGCAUGGAGCCUCCGGACCGGCUGCCGUCUCUGCAGACUCUGUGGGAAAACAACAAACCGGCAGAACCUGGACCCUGCGGUGGGUUUUCUCAGAUGUACAGGUGUGUGUGUGACUGGUUGGGGCUGCCGUACAGAGAAGAGGUGCAGUGGGAUGUGGACACCAUCUAUUUGACACAAGACACCAGAGAACUCAACCUGCAGGACUUCAGCCACCUGGAGAACAGGGAUCUGGUCGCUAUAAUCGCAGUUCUGGAGUUCAACCAGUGGUUCACCAAACUCUCCACCAAGGACUAUAAACUGUCUGCAGAUGUGUGCGAGCAAAUCCUUCGGGUGGUGUCUCGGUCCAGUCGGCUGGAGGAGCUGGUUCUGGACAACGCAGGACUCAAAACGGAUUUUGCCCAGAAGCUGGCUGCUGCUCUGGGCCACAACCCCAGCUCAGGACUCACCACCAUUAAUCUGGCCAACAACCCGCUGGAGGACCGAGGUGUUUCUUCGCUGGCUGCUCAGUUUGCCAAACUCCGUUUGGGGCUCAAGCAUUUAAACUUCUCCAAAACCUCACUAUCACCCAAAGGGGUGAACAGCCUUUGCCAGUCACUGAGUGCCAACCCGUCCAUCCCCAGCAGCCUCGUCCAUCUGGACCUCUCAGGGAACCUGCUCCGAGGAGACGACAUGCAGCAUUUCUACCACUUCCUGGGUCAACCCAACAGCCUGGCGACCCUUGACCUCUCCAACACAGACUGCUCAUUGGACCAGGUUUGCUCAGCUCUGCUGCGAGGAUCAGUCCAACAUCUCUCAGUUCUCAACAUGUCAAAGAGCGUCUUCCCUCACAGGAAAGGCAAAGAAGUUCCUCCUUCAUUCAAGCAUUUCUUCAGCAGUGCCGAGUCUCUGAGCUCCAUCAACGUGUCGGGAACCAAACUGCCUCCGGAGGCUCUAAAAGCUCUGCUGCUCGGCCUGGCUAGUAACCCCAAAUUGAAGGAUGUUUCUCUGGACCUCAGCUGCUGUGAGCUCGGUCACUGUCUGCGCUCAGGAGGUUCUCAGAUCCUCGAAGGUUGUAUCGCUGAGAUCCCAAACGUCUCCAGCCUGGACAUCUCUGAUAACGGCCUGGAUUCAGAUCUGUCCACUCUGCUGGUUUGGUUGGCUAAGAAUCGCUCCAUCAGACAUCUGUCUCUGGGAAAGAACUUCAACAACAUCAAGUCCAAAAAUCUGGCUCCAGUGCUGGACAGCCUGGUUCACAUGAUUCAGGAGGAGGAGUCGCCCCUCACCUCUCUGUCUCUGGCCGACUCCAGACUGAAGACUGAUCUGACCAUCGUCCUCAACGCUCUGGGCAGCAACUCUUCUCUGACCAGACUGGACAUCAGUGGGAACGCUAUGGGAGAUAUGGGAGCCAAGAUGCUGGCCAAGGCCCUGCAGAUCAACUCCAAGCUCAGGACUGUGAUCUGGGAUAAGAACAACACCAGCCCUCAGGGUCUGCAGGACGUCGCAGCAGCUCUGGAGAAAAACUUCACCAUCCGGUUCAUGCCCAUCCCCAUCAUCGAUGCCUCCCAGGCCCUGAAGGCGAGUCCUGAGAAAACAGAGGAUGCUCUGCUGAAGAUUGAGAAUUACUUGUACAGGAACCAUGAAACCAGGAAAUACCUUCAGGAACAGGCUUAUCGGCUACAGCAGGGCAUCGUGACGACAACCACACAGCAGAUGAUAGAUAGGAUCUGUGUGAAGGUGCAGGAUCACCUAAACUCUCUGAGGAACUCUGAGACUGACGCCAUCCUGGAAGAUGUCCGGUCUGCAGAAAACCUCAUCAAAGACGCCAGGAACUCGAAAACGCUGCUUCCUAACCUCUACCACCUGGGAUCAGCAUCCAGAGAGGAGCUGAACAGUUCAUCCAUUGGUCCCAUCCAGGAGAAGCUGGAGUCCAUGGCUGGAGAGGUGACCACCGUCAUGGACCAACAACUGCAGACUUUGCUGGAGUCGAUGGUGGACACAGCAGAGUCUCUGUGUCCUCAUGUGAUGAAGAGGAGUAAUCUUCGUCCAGAGCUGAUGAAGGCCAGCUCCACCAAGAUGGUUGUUCCUAAAAGCUUUGUGGCCAAAACCCUCCUGGAGCAGUCUGGGGUGGAUAUCAUCAACAAGAUGAGUGAGGUGAAACUGAGUCUGGCAUCCUUUCUGUCCGAUCGUAUUGUUGAUGAGAUUCUGGAGGCUCUGUCUACAUCACAACACACUCUGGCCGACCACCUGGUCCGUCGUGGUCGCCCCCUGGUGCAGCAGGAGUCGGUGGAUCUGGACGUCCACGAGGAGAAGAUUCCUAAACGGGCAUCGACGGAGAUCCUGGAGGCUGAGAGGCUGGAAGAUCUGGAAACAUGUAUGACUCUGUGCUGCAGCUUGACUCCUAAAUCCAAAAGGAAAAGCAUCCACAGCAGGAUGCUGCGGCCAGUGUCUCGGGCCUUCGAGAUGGAGUUUGACCUUGACAAGGCCCUGGAGGAUGUUCCUGUCCACGUGGAGGAUUCCUCCGCAUCUUCCCAGAAUCCACCUACUCCAUCUCUGGUCCUUACCAAACUGGAGCACCGUCCUUCAGGAGGAAUGACGGAGCUGCCGUCUGAAGAAGAGAAGAAGCUGCAGCACUUCACUAAACUGCGACCGCGGAGGAACAAGAAAACUAACUCAAGCAAAGUGCCUCAAAUCAGCAGCACUCCAUCUCAGGAUGGAGAACAGAACGGCCUCAUGGGAAGAGUGGAUGAGGGAGUGGAUGAGUUCUUCUCUAAAAAAGUCACCAAGAUGAAUUCCAAACGUUCGAAGAAUUCAGAAUCUCAGGAUGGAGAGAAGAAGAAGAGCAAAGGAGGAUUUCUGAACCUCAUCAAACGAUCUUCCAAAUCUGAUAAAUCAGACAAAUCGGAUAAAUCAGAGAAAAGUCAGUCAGCUGCAGCAUCCUCUGGCCCAUCCUCCUCCUCUGCAGCUGCAUCCAGCAUCCCAGAGGAACCGACCUCUCCGAAGGUAGCAGUGAAGAGUCCGGCCCCGGAGCCAAAGUCCAGAGACGCCUCCAGUCGCUCUCAGCCCACUGACUACAGCAGCAGCUCGGAUCGAUCAGAGGAACUGAGGACUCCAGACUCCAUAGACGAACCCUGGGAGGGAUCAGACGGUCGGGGGAGUCCUCAGGGAGGGAGGCGGUACCCGGGGGUCCAGAUGAUGGGCAGUGGCCUGCUGGCAGAGAUGAAGGCCAAGCAGGAGAGGAGAGCACACAAGUCUUCCAGCCCUGACAGACCUGACGGCAACACGACAGCAGCCAAGCCACAGAGCCCGGCUCCAGAGAGCAGGUCUCCCAGUGGUUCCUUCAAUAAACCGGACCCUGCUUCUCCAGAAAAGACGUCACCUCGUGGAGAGACUAAACCUGAUCCGGCUCCUCGUCUCAGAGCCACGUCUUCCUCCAGUUCCCCCGGAGGACCAGUGAGCCCCAAACCACCGGUGCCUCAGGGGGCGAAGCCGGCGCUGGCUGCCCGACCCACGAUACCGCAGAAGCCGAGGACCACGAGCAGCAGCAGGAGCAUCGAUGAGAGUUCAGACUCUCCCUGCAGCGGCGGUUUGUCUCCUAAAGUCACAGUUCUGGCUCCGACACUGAAGAGGGCGCUAUCAGAGAAAGACAAGGAGUCGGGAGUCUCCAACAAAACCACUCAGGAAGCGAGGUCAGAUUCUGUCCAGAGAUCCACCAACUCUGAGGAUCUCGGCUCCUUGAAGACCAAAGAACCGGGUCUGAAUCCAGACAAGGAGAAGGCAGCACGCAAGAAGUCAUCGGACUCUGGGGAGGAAGCAGACAAAGACUUUAUUUUAAUAUGAGUAAGGAACAUUUUUUACAGCUGCAGCCUGCUGACAAGCCUCACAUUUCCUUUAGAAAAUAGAUUCAUUUCUGUUAGAGUUUGUACGUGUUGGUCCAUCUGACCCCAGAGUACAAACUCUGGUAAAAUUCAGUUUUAAUUUGAUUGUUGGUAGAUGUUAAUGCUUCGUGUCACCUCAACCUAAACUGUGCUAAACCUCAGAAGAGCUUCCGUCUCACUAACAGCCUUUUUUCUGGAUCUGCUCCUCUUCGUUCUUACUGUCAGGUGAAAAUCUUCGUCUCUGAAGGGAAAGCUUUUCAGGGUUUGAGAAAACAAGUCAUCGAGCUCAUUCAGUGUGUGAGUGAUGAAACCUGAACUUAAGCUAACCACUGAAAAUGAGACAUUUCAGCAAGCAGCAGCGAGACUGUGAAGCUGAGUCCCAUCUAAAAUCAUUUAACUGAUAACAUCUCUUCAGUGUGUAGCUGCUGCAGGGACCAAACUCUCCAACAGUCCUUCCAGGUUACUGUCCUGUACUUGAAGUCUAACUCACUACAGACCUGGAAUCAGCUGCACUUCUCUCCUUCAGUAUAUUUGUACAGAUUUUAUUAAAUGCUAUUUUCUCUAAGUUUUCCAGAGCUGCAGAGGUCGCUGAAUCCAUUAUGCAAUUCAUGAUUUUUUUUGUUUUUUUUUACAGGAAUAAACAGGUUUCAGCUGAGAGUCUCAGCGCAGACAGACGUCACAAUAUUCAGUUAUGUAGCUUUUCUGGCAGGACGACUUCAAACACUACAGCUGCACUGACUGUGUUUAACUUUACCUUCACUGAUAAUCAAUAUGGCUUCAGCACUGUUAACUGACACUGUUCGUAUUCAGACACUGUGGAAAACAUCGGAUAUUUUAUUCUGGGGAGUAAAGAGGAGGAUUUAUGUGUCUUUAUGUGCAGUACAGAGUGUGAUUUUUAACUUUUUGGGCCAUUUUCCUUCAGUAUAAUUUGAUAAAACAAAGUUUACUAACGGUUUAAUUUCUAACGAGUAUUCCUGAGAACAAAUAUAACAUAAGGUAAAGUCAGUAUAGCAAGUUGUUUUCACUUUUAAUAGCAAAAUUUGAAUUAAAAUCACUUCAUUUUGACUUAAUUACACUGAGACAAGUCAGAGUAUCUCUAAUAGAGACACAAACGUCAUCAUAGCUAGUCUGAACUGUUGUUGAUGCUGCUAACGUAAAGCUUCCUGUUGGAUAGUGUCCCUGUAAAACAUUUCAGGAUUCAGUUAAUAAAACAUCACAAUUUAAGAGCUUGUCAAGGAGAAAUCUGAACAAUGAGAACUUUUGUCUUUAGACAUCUGUUCUCAAAAAUUUACCAGAACUUUUGCAUCAGGCAGCUCUGACAUGGAGGUUAAAUAGUUUGUUGUGUUUAAAAGGCUUCUACUUCUGACAUAACUACAGAUUAAUCCAUGUCAUUUCUCUAAUUCAAGAUAGCUGUAAUUACAUGUUUUACAAGGUGAAAUUCCAGUUCAGGAUUUUUUACAACAAAACCUAAUUUAAGAGAUCUAGAUAGUGUAGACACCUUUAGUUAUAAUUAUGUACCAGUCAGAGUAUAUAACUGCACACAUGUGAAACUAUAAUUCCAGCUAUACAUAUUUCAGCUGCUCAUUCACAUUGUGGACAUUUGUAAAUAUGUUUAAAAUGGGAAUUCAAAUCCACACGAAUAAAAGAUGUGAUGCCAUUAGUCCUGGGAAGUAUGAGGACGCAGGUGUCUGAAAUAUUCUGUUUGUCCAGGAAGAAUUAACUUACAGGUGUCUGCAGCAUAUUUCCAUUCUAGCUAUUAAAUGGUAAAACAACUUGAGUAACUGUGUGAUUCUAACCUGAUGGAGUUUUUGUCAAAUUCAGUGAAUAUCUCCUCAGGAAGAUAUUUCACAGCUACAAAAAACGAUCUGCUGUUCAUUAGAAAUCAGAGGGAAGGUAAAUAUCAACAGUCUCUCCAGAAUCAGAAAUUUCAGCUUUAAGCUACAUUUUACUCUGAAUUGCUUUGAAAGACACAUGAAUCCUCACUUCCAGUAAUACACUAACAUUACAUUAAUACUCCACUGGUGUGUAAACAGUCCAAUGUAAAGCAGAACUUACUUCAAAAAGAGAAAUGUCAAAGAAAAAAUCUUAUUUUAGUAGAAUGAGCCAGAUAGUGACCUCAUCAGGUUGUGUGAAGCUGAAAACGUCUUCAGCAUCUUUCAGAUUUAAUUCACUUCUUUCUCAACAGGAGGAAACAUCCCUUCAAUAUUCUGCCUAUACAAAGAGACUCUGGCAUUAUUUGGCAUCCUGUUGCCUUCGUUAAACAGAAAGCAGUGAACUGACAGUAGCUGGAUUCUGAACAUCUACAUGGUCUCAGGCUGAAUCCUCUGAUUUGUUCUCUUCUUAGAGCAAAAACUGCCCUUUUCACACUGACAGACAGUUUGCACCAGAUACAAGAUACUUCAAAUCCAUUCCUCUUGUGACAAAUAUGAAAAAAUAAGGCCUGUAGUUUGUCCUCAAAUCAUGAGAUAAUUUAGCCGUUCUGCUGCUUUCAUGUCAUACUGUAGUUAUCUGAAAGUCCAUUUUUGUCUUUAUUAAAUCCCUAGUAACUCAUCUUUGUGUGUCAAAGUUACACAUUUAGGAACUUUUCCAUUAGAAUGAUCCGUUCAUGCCUUAAAGUGGUCUGGAUGUAGCUCUGUCCCUGCCAUCUCGAGCACUCCAGCUCCCCUAGAAGUCUGUAAAACAAUCAGCAUUACACAGAGACAAGUUGUAAUACUGCAGUAAUUCAGCCACACGUGUUGGAAACCGAUUCUGAAAAAGAACAAUGAUGCAGAAAGCUUCACCCUGCAUGUUGACAGGAUGCUGCCUUGGGUUUGUUACAUAUGAAAGAUCAUGAGUACACUGAGUUUCAAGGUAGAAAUGCGUCUUCCAGCAUAUUAAAAGCUGUAUGGACAUGUUAUCACCAGAGGAUAGACCCAGAUCCACUGGACAUGGUGCUAUAUUAUCCGUUCAUCUCUACAAUCCUCUAAUAUGACAUGAAUGCAGCAUUAUCCUCCAUAAACACCUUUUCUAUGACACUGACUUCACUAGCUGUGUGCUAAACUGCUCCAGCUUUACUUUUAGAUGCACUAGAUGCUGGAUGCUCAGUGUGAAAAGGGCGCAGCUUCUAUUUUAUGUAGUGAAGUCAGGGCCAGAGCUGCUCCUGGUGCAGCUUCUCCUCCAUCGUGGUGUCUGCUGAUGUCUCUGUAGGUCGGACGUCGCUUCUUUGUCUCUGAUAUGAACUAACACUGUUCCUGCUGUAUAUAGUCAAACUGUCCCUGAUGUCAACGCCUGCUUUGAUUGUCAGACAUCACGUUUGUGUCUCAUAGAUGUCCCAGGACACUUUAAAAAGAAAAGAAAAAUGCUGCGACUUUGCAAGCGGCUGUAUUCUGCAUUUUUAACCAGUUUCCUGAUGCAGGGAAGCUUCUCUGUUUCUGCUUUCUGAGGGAUUUCAGCAGCUUGUUGCACUGAUUGAAGACUGAUGAAAGUGUCCUGAAAACAUUUCUGUCGGUGCACUGAGCGGAGACACGUGAAACUAGCCAGUAGCAUAAAGUGUGGAGCUGUGAGUCUCUGUGUGUGACUGCAUGAUGUGAGUUGUACUGGAUGUAUAUACUGUAUGUGCUUUCCUACAUGUAGGUGUGUGUGUGUGUAAAGAUGCACAUGUAAGAUACACACUCAUGUAUUCACACGCCUACGUGAACUCAGCAAAUCCUCUAUGUUUGGUACUAAGUACACUACUAUACUAAGGGUUUGUUUCUAACUUAUUUGGAAUAAAAAAAGCAAACGUGGCCGCUGAUGUCUGGAUUCUUUGUUGUUUUUUUCUCUCACUUGUACAUUGUGUUCAUACGUGUAAAGAUUAAUUCUUUGUAUGUAAUAAUUUGCUCUUACGUGUGAUCGGUUUACUUUCAUCAUGAUUCAGAGAAGAAAUAAGGCAAAUCGACACCUUUUUUCUUGAGCUGGAGAAAGAGCUGCAUCAAUACAAACGACAUGUUGUUCAUCUGAUCAGCCGCUUUGUUCUGUCAUGUUUCACUGAGUCUCGUGUUGGACAUUUCAAAUAUUAAUAUUGAUUAAAAUCAUUUUACAGGCUACAA